CUGUCAUUCGACGAGCUGGACAACGACACCUGGGUGAUCAACGACGAAGAACGGGGGGUCGAGAACGUCAUCGUCGUUCACGAGGAUCCGGUGGUCAUCUUCCGGCUCAAGGUCACCGACCUGCCGCGGGGCGACCAUUGCGCGCUCUACGCGGAACUGUUGCGCCUGAACGGCACCGACCUGCUGCACGGCGCCUAUGCUCUGGAAGGGAACGGCCUGGAAGGAACUCCGUCGUGCUGA